AUGAAAUUCGGCAAGGUCCUACAACACGAAAUUGAAGAUAUUCCCUCCGAGUGGAGACCCUUUCUCAUCCAAUAUAAGACUCACAAAAAAUGUAUUCUUAAGAUUGUUCAAGAAUUGAAUGAAAUCGGAAUGUCUCACGACAUUCUUAAGGAAAUGUUUAAAGCUGCGGAAGGUUAUAAGCUUGAAUACACUUUUGCAAGCGAUAAGGCGCACGUUCGUCCGUGCAUCAAACUUGACCUGGACGACUGUGAACAUAUUUCAAAGUCCCAAUUAUCUACCUUUACCCAACUAGCCGGAAAGUCGCAUGCUUCUUUCUCAAAAUAUGACAAUUGUUCGGUUUCAACGUUAUCCUCGACCCUUUCGGAUGAUUCCGAAACCAGCGCAACGAGUAAUGGUUUUCUCUUUGAUGACCACCAUUCGGAACAAGUGACCGAUAACGAAGAGGUCGUAGUUCUCAUGGAGAAGUUUUUGAAAAAGCUUCCAAUGACAUUAUGCAUUGAACUUGAAAGUGAUGGUGAAUUCUUCGACAUUCUCUUUGAAGAAAUUUCCCAACUGAAUCGCCUUCAACAAAAGAAUCAAGAACAAUUCUGCGAUCGGCUUGAAAAAUUGCGACCUUUGUUGAUCGAUGCGACCUCCCCGUAUAAAGCGGACAUGUACGUCUGGCGAGAAAUACUUCAACUAUAUACUCAGGCCGAAAUUUUUUUCGGCAAUAUUGAGACCGAUAGAAAAGCUAGAAGUUAUGAAGUUUCACAGGAGCAAUUCGAUCGAUUUGUCGAAGAAUUGAAUAAACAUCGAUUGCAAAAGAAGUUGAGAAACCCAUCCUCGAAGAUCGCCUUUGAGGAGUUUAUAAAGCUUAACCGUGAGCUUGUCGCAAUGAAACAUUUUCAAUUCAUGAACCAAGUUGCAAUGUCCAAAAUUCUAAAAAAGCACGACAAAAAGACAUGCCUAUCCGCCAGUUCGAAUUUCCAAAAACUCACGGAGAAUGCUCCGUAUCUUAACGACGAAAUAACUACGUUCCUUCAUAACGCCUUGAUUGAACGGUUCACUUCAACCAUUCUCCUAAUUGAAGAUUAUUUGUGUCCAAUUUGCAUUUCCAUUCAUUGGAAGCCAGUUCGUCUACGUUGUAGACACGUCUUUUGCAUCCGAUGUCUCGUCAAGGCAGAACGUGAGGGAAUGAAAGACUGUCCCAUAUGCCGAGCAAAAAACGCGAUCAAAUAUGCUGAUUCAGACAACAUAGACACUUCGUUAAUGAAUUUGUUGAAACUUUACUUUCCACGUGAAGUAAAGCAAAAACAGACUGACAAUGAACGAGAGAAAGCGAUAGAAGACAUGGAAAUUCUCACAGGCCGUAGGUAUGAUCAAUGCGCCAUGAUGUGA